CCCCACCUCGCCCAGCUCCCAAGUCAACUCUCCGCACCUCCGCUCUUAAUGCUCUCCCCAUUAUAACCGCCCAACCCUGCUCCCUCCUCCCACCCUUCUCCCCCCCCCCCCUCCCCAUCCUCUCGCGCCAUGGGCAACUCCCUCGCCUGCUUCUGCUGCGCCGGCAGCGCCGCCGGACGCCGCCGCCACGUGGCUCCCGCCGCGCUACCCUCCGACCCCGCCUACGACGAGGGCCUGGGCCACUCCUUCUGCUACGUCCGCCCGGAUAAGGUACUCGUCCCGUUUUCGGCGGAUGACUUGGUGGCCGACGCCAAGGCGGCGGCCGCAGGGGCCACCACGUUCCGGGCCAUCUCGGGGGCGGCCCUCAGCGCCAACGUGUCCACGCCGCUCUCCACCUCCGUGCUCCUGCUGCUGCCGGACGAGUCCGCGGCCUCCUCGGCGGCCGCCGCGUCGUCCGGGUUCGAGAGCUCAGAGUCGUUCGCAGCCGUGCCGCUGCAGCCGGUCCCUAGGUUCCCGUCCGGCCCGAUCUGCGCGCCCGCCGGAGGCGGAUUCCUAUCGGGGCCCAUAGAGAGGGGGUUCCUCUCCGGGCCCCUGGACGCCGCGCCCAUGUCCGGGCCUCUCACCGGCGCCGCCACCUCCGGCCGCACGGGAGGUUCGGUGCCUGCGCUCCGCCGGAGUCUUUCCCACGGCGGCCGACGCCUGCGGAAUUUCACCCGCGCGCUUCUCGCACGGGCAGAUAAGUUUCAGAAUUCGAUGGAUCUUGGCUCGACAGCCGCCGCCGUGGCCGCCUGUGGUGCCGAUUCUGGAGGGCUGCAGUGGGCGCAGGGAAAGGCCGGCGAGGACCGCGUCCACAUCGUGGUGUCCGAGGAGCGGGGCUGGGUGUUCGUCGGUAUCUACGACGGCUUCAACGGCCCCGACGCCACGGACUUCCUGGUUUCCAACCUCUACGCAGCCGUGCACCGCGAGCUCCGCGGCCUGCUCUGGGAUCAGCGCGAUCAAGAGGAGCAGCAGGACCAACGCCCCGACCAACCCACCAGCACCACGGCCUCAGAUCACCAGGACCGGUCCGCCCGCCGCCGCCGCGCCCACCGCUCAAGACCCCCUCGCGGCGCCGACGAUAAGCAACGGCUGUGGAAGUGCGAGUGGGAACGCGAUUGCUCCAGCCUGAAGCCACCAACUCAGCCUCCUCCUCGGAGCGACAGCGAGAACGACCACAUCGCCGUGCUAAAGGCGCUGGCACGCGCCCUUCACAAGACUGAGGAGGCCUACCUGGACGUCGCCGACAAGAUGGUCGGCGAGUUCCCCGAGCUUGCGCUCAUGGGCUCUUGCGUUCUCGCCAUGCUUAUGAAAGGAGAGGACAUGUACCUCAUGAAUGUAGGCGAUAGCCGCGCUGUCUUGGGAACAAUGGACAGUGCUGAUCUUGAGCAGAUCAGUGUGAGCUCAUUCGACGGAUUGGUCGGCGAUUGCUCGCCGUGCUUAUCAGCUGUGCAGCUAACCAGGGAACAUAGCACGUCGGUGCAGGAGGAAGUUUGCAGAAUACGGAACGAGCAUCCUGAUGACCCGUCCGCGACCUCCAAGGACCGCGUUAAGGGCUCACUAAAGGUGACAAGAGCAUUCGGCGCUGGUUUCUUGAAACAGCCCAAAUGGAAUGAUGCUCUGCUGGAGGUGUUCAGAAUAGAUUACGUUGGGUCCUCCCCGUACAUCACAUGCAAUCCUUCGCUCUUUCACCAUAGACUCAGCACAAGGGAUAGAUUCUUGAUACUAUCUUCAGACGGGCUUUACCAAUAUUUUACCAACGAGGAGGCGGUUGCUCAUGUAGAAAUGUUCAUCGCAACAACCCCUGAAGGCGACCCUGCCCAACAUCUGGUUGAAGAAGUUCUUUUCCGAGCAGCGAACAAAGCAGGCAUGGACUUCCAUGAAUUGAUUGAGAUACCACAUGGAGACCGUCGGCGAUAUCACGACGAUGUAUCUGUCAUUGUAAUCUCUUUGGAGGGCAGGAUUUGGAGAUCAUGCGUGUAAAUAGAUCAGACAUAUUCUAGAUUAGAGAAAGAAACGUAUAGAGGUUGUUGCUGGCCUUGAGAGCAGUUCUUGCGGCUACUCGACUCUUCCCCAGUUGCCACUGUACAGUAUCAACGAAGCGCUCUGGGUUUGUCUUGGGAUCUCGGCACAUCCAGCUGAAUCACGAUGAGAUCCCCCUCAAUCACGCCGUUGCCGUAUAAGAUGUUCAUGUAAAAUAGGAUUUGUUCAAUUAUUAAUAACUGAAAUCACGACCAAUUUGUCAGCUUUCUUUGA